AUGAGGAACCUUAGGUAUAUUCGGUGGAAAGGUGACAUUGCAAAUCCAUUGCUUAAGAAACUUUCACCAUGGGAGUUUUUCCUUUGGUAUAUUCAAUGGAAAGGUGAACCUGCAAAUCCAUUGCUUAAACAAUUUCCACCAAAGGAGCUUUGUUGUCUGAUACUGCGUGAUGCCAUGCAACAGCAACUUUGGAAUGGUUGUAAGGUGCUGCCAAAUCUGAAGAUAAUGGAACUUUACGAUUUAAAUAACCUAAUCAUGACACCAAAUUUUGAUGGAAUCCCAUAUCUUGAAAGAUUCAAGCUUUGGAGAUGUGAGAAACUAGAAGAGAUUCAUUCAUCGUUUGGACGCUUGAACAAGCUUGUUUGCUUAUCUAUAGUGCUUUGCAAGCGUAUUAAGAAAUUUCCAUCCAUUACCCGACUAAAGAAACUCAAGACCCUUUCACUGCACGUGAGCCCCGAAGUUAUUGAGCUCUCAGAGAUCCAAGAGAAGAUGGACAAUUUGAUUGGAGAAGAAGACAUCAGUUCUGCUGUUUGCGAGUUAUCCAACUCGAACCACAUACGGUUAUGUUUUUUUCGUAAAGACUUGAAAGAACUGGAUCUCAGUUGGUGCAAUUUGGGAGAUGAAGACAUUAGCUCUGCUGUUUGGGAGCUACCCAACAUGCAAAAACUCAAUCUAUCAAAAAAUAAGUUUUCACGAUUAAACUUUAAUUUCAUGCGAACUCCUCGGCUCAAAUUGCUCAACGUGUCAUUUUGCACAGACCUUGUAGAAUUAUCAGAGCUCCCAUCAAGCAUAGCUGUUGUUGAAGCGAAUGGUUGUCCCUCACUUAAAAGCUUCGGAGCUAUCUCAAACUGCAAAUGGUUGUGGAAAUUCUCGCUUCGUGGGGUGUACAAUUUAGAUCCAUUUGUUGGUUACAUGUUACUGGACUCCAUGCUCAAGGGGCAUGCUAUUGAAGAUCACCUUAUCAGUGUGAUUCUUGAUUAUGAGAUUCCAAAGGAGUACGUAUUUGUAGGUAGGUUGUUUAGGGGCAACACAUUCAGACUGCGUCUUCCACAUGAUUGGCACAAUGACUUUUCUGGGUUCUUAAUACACGUUGUUACCCACGAUGGAUGUCCGAAUAUUAAAAUAACCAUUAAGGAGGAGAAGCUAGAUGAAGAUCUUCCAUUUAGGUUUUGGCAUGAGUCUAAUUAUAAUGCAAUGGACCGUUGCCGAAUAAUAUCUACAUACGUGGGAUAUGUUUCCUUUAAUUCAUUGAGGCUCACUGCGUGCUUGAACUUGAAUUCACUAUACAGUGUGAUUUCAAUUUCCUUGCGCCAGAGUUGGAGUAAUGCUUCUCCAGCUGCAAAUCGAAUAGGAGUUUCACUCGUUCCUAAAACAAAACAUAAAGGUGAUCCGAUGAAAACAGCAAAAGAUUCCUCAGAAUUUGGGGAUGAGAAAGAUAAAUCUAGUCCGAUUUUUGCGAUCAAACAUGGUUCAAAGUCAUCUAUUAAAAUCUUGUGGCGACCUCUUAAUUAGGAUUUAGGACAACACCCUCGAGAAAAUUGGACAAUAGGGACAUAUUAAUGCUCACUAUAAGAAAACCAGACAAUAAGGGCAUACUAAUGAUAAUCUUUGGUAUUAUGUAGCCUUGUUACAAAAAAGAAAAAAUUGCUUUUUGAUGGGUUAUUAUUUCCAAAAAAGCCGAUUUUUUUUUUGCAUGAAAGCUUAUAUAGUGACUUGCUAUAACCCACAUGCCAUAACAAUUCAUGAAUGCAUUUGCAAAGGGUGUUGCUAAAUAAACAUUCUUUACCAAAAACCAAUAUUUGAUUAACUUUUUGUAACUAUCUUAUUUGAAAAAUAAUACAAAUUCAAUCAAUAAAAAUAAUUUAAUAGCCGAGGAAAGCUGUCUAUAUGGUAAAAUGGUGUGCUCCUUUUAGCCAACUUCUUUG